UUCCCGUCUGUUUCUGUUCUCUCAACGCUUUGCAGUGGGAUAAUCUGAGCGAGUCGUAGCUUCUCCAUCUCAUUUCAUCUCUUUCAUUUCAUCCCAUCUUCCCUUAUUAUCUCGUACCUACCCGAAGGCGAGGCAAGCACCUCGGAAUCCAAUGCAGCUUUUGUCGUUGUAUUCGUAAAGGGCGCUGCGUAUUCGCGCUUUCUUCUCGCCAUUGCAGACACUGCACGUCAGGCUGCAAACACAAGCUGUGCCGCAAUUCAUCGUAUCUCUGACUGCCCACCUGCAUUGAACACUGAAUGCUCCCUGAUCAGAACAAAAGGCCGCUUCUGAACAACAUCGCUUCCAGAAGAAGAAGAAGAAAAAAAGGGGAAUCCUCGCCCAUUUAUCCAUCCACUCGCCGCCUUCCCCGAGUCCCUCCCUUCUCCAACACUUACUUUCCGGGCCUAGCACAACAGCUCGGUCAGUAAGCCGCCAUUCCCACUUGAGCACGCAUCCGACCUGCAAGAAGGAUUCCGAUCCUGCACACACCCACGAGUAUCCGUACGACAUCUCCAACCAGCAACCAGCGGUCCAUUCCCCCCUUGCGGUUUUGGCGGUUUACCCCCUUGUCCCUGGGCAGAUUAGCGCCAUCUGUCAAGGAGCAACGCAACGCCAAGCUCGCCAAGCUCCCGCCGUCUUUGCCUUCUGGCGUUCUUUUUGCCGCCAAACCCAAUUUCGAGUCGACUCGAGUCGAGUUCCCUUCUUCUGUGUAGCCGGCACGACUAGCUUUCCUUCCCCUCAACUUUUUCCUCAACCUUUUUACGCACCUUUCUAGAUCGUCAACAUUCUUCGCUUCCACCUGUGCCUCGUCGCCGAACUGCCGGCUGUUCCAGCAGGCUCGUCCUCAGUCGUACCUCGCUGACUCUGUGGUCCGUCUGCCCGGGUGGUCUUGAAACCCUGCCGAGCCACGUCGUUUGUGACAUCCGACGCCUCACACAGUCCGCCGUCCAUCGAGUCCACCUUCAACCGACAGCCAGCCCGGCCACGAUACCUAAGACCAGCGCGCCGACAACUUCACAUUCCGCAAACACCACCUCCCCUUUGAGCCGACGUCAAAUUUUCGAAAAGCUCCUCUUCAAGGGCAUGCCGACGACAUAGCCAUCGUCAUCGCCAUGAUCCCCCUCGUCGUUCGUUCCCUCCGGGGAGCUGUCGCCCGCAUCUCCCCGAGCGCAUACUCCUACUCCCCUCUAGGAAACGUCAAUUCCAGUUCAGAACCCUCAUCACCUGGUGGCUCGAGCCCUCCCGCGCAAUCCAGCUCCCUGUUCGCACGAUUGACGGCAAUCCUCUUUUUCCUGCUGCCCUCCUUCGUCCAGCGCCGACUCCGACCCAACGACUUCAAGCACCGGCGCUUAUAUCCUACUUCGUGGCUCGAUGGUCUGCGCGGCGUUGCAUCGCUGAUUGUCUUCUUCUGCCACUUCACCGAGAAACAUGUUGGCUGGUUCACGGCGAGGGCAUACGGCGUUCCCGAUGAAAACGACCAUGUCGCUUCCUCCCCGCUGCAAUUGCCCUUCCUCCGCGUCAUCUUCAGCGGUCGGCCCAUGGUCCACAUCUUCUUCAUCAUCUCGGGCUUCGUUCUGUCUCUCAAGUCUUUGAAGCAGGCUAGAAAACAUGACUACGAUGGACUGCAUCGCACCCUGUCAAGCAGUGUCUUCCGCCGUGGUUUCCGCCUGUUUCUGCCGACCACUGCGUCUACGUUCAUGAUCCUCAUCAUGAUUCGCCUGGGAUGGAUGGGACAGCCCUUGCCUACGCUGUGGGAGCAGCUGGUGGACUGGAAGAACGCAGUGUGGAGAAUUACCUUCAGCUGGCAGUGGGAUAUUACCCAGAUUCUGCCCUAUGAUGUCCACCUUUGGACCAUCCCCAUCGAAUUCUCCCACUCGCUACUCCUGUUUGUCGUUCUCACUGGCGUGAGCCGCAUGAAGACGUACUUACGCCUCGCUUCGGUUUUCUCCAUCAUGAUCUACUGCCUCAAGUGCGGCCACUGGGCCGGCUUUGAGUUCUUGGGUGGCAUGUUCCUUGCCGAGGUCGGUUUGAUCGAGGAAGCUCGCCAGGAGCGCAAAGUUGCCGCUUUGCAGAACAAGGAGGCAUCCGACAUGGAAUCCUCGACGGCUUCGGACUCGUCCUCAAGCUCCCUGGCAGUUCGCGUGUUCAAGACUUUCCUCGUCGGUAACUUGAUUUUUGCCCUAUUUGUGGCUGGCUGGCCGAACCAAAAGGCCGACAUCACCCCGGGAAUGUCACCACUCUGGCACAACACCAUGGAGCCUUUCUUCACCAUGGGUGGCGACCUCGUCUCCUUCCCCUGGUAUGCCCUUGGCGCAUUCCAGAUUGUCGUUACUCUGCAACACAUCAAAGUGUUGCAGAACCUGUUCGUGACGCCACUAGCGCAGUACCUCGCAGACAUCAGCUACGCGCUUUACCUUGUCCACGGACCCGUUCUCGACGUCUUUUCGCAUCGCUGGAUGCCGUACGUCUGGGCGCUUGUCGGCGGUAGGGACGAGACUGGCGUGAUUGGGCGACUCGUGGCGUGGUUUCUCGGAAUUGUCUUGCUUGGUGUGCCGACAGUCUGGGGCAGCGACGUCUUUUGGAGAACCGUCGAUGUCAAGAGCGUAGAGCUGGCACGCUGGAUCGAGAGUCUUUGCACGCGAGACGAGUAGUCGUCAAAGUAACGAGCCACGAGGCGGACAGCAUCGGAUGUGACGGUGUAGGUGGCAUAUUGGCGUUGGAGGCGUUGAAUACUGUGAUAUACAUGUCUUAUUGGUUUUCGGGUACACCUAGACUCAUGAGGACAUUCGAGUAAAUAUUAUCGUACAGCUCUCAGUCAUUAACUCUCGGGUACGGUUCUCUGUGAAGCAGGUGGGAAGUGAGGAGAGGGAUUGUUGCGCCCCAAGGUAGACUGGUGUGAGCCUCCUGACGUUGCUUGUUUCGAUUGAUAGACAGGUCGCACAAAUCCAACGUAAGAUGGCCAGCCACAAGGUACGAAAAGACGUGAGACGGAACAGCUCUGGCUACACAAGAAAGGAGGAGGGGAACAGCGGAUGUUUUAACGAAGGACCUUUAAGGGGACAAUAAACAGCUCAAGUAUCUUCGGAUAGCUGUGGGUAACCGGGAAGAUGGGCCGCGUGGGAUGGAGAAUGGGAAUGGGAAUGGGAUAGUGGGCAACGAUCCGCCGGUCCCGGGACGGAGGCUUCAUUGGACCCGGGGAGCACUAGGCCAUCCCACCCGCCCCCCUGUACCCUUGCCAAGACCCAGAAAAUACGUCUCAAUGGCGUUGAUAAGGAGGCUGAAGCAGG